UACUGUUUUAUCAAUUUAAAUGUAACGGUGACGGUGUGUAGUGUAUCAGGUGUAAGUGGCGAAGUUCUGGUCAACGGUAAGGUUCGAGUACCACAUAGUGAACGAUGGAAAAGGACGUCGUGUUACAUACAGCAAGACUCCAUUAUCAGAACGUACAUAACCGUAGGAGAAGCCAUGACUUUAGCCGCUCAUUUGAAGCUUGGUUACACAAUCAGUUCCGCUUAUAAGCAUUCUCAGGUUUUAGAACUCUUGGAAAUGCUAGGACUGAGCCGUUGCUAUGACACAUUAUGCGGAAAAUUAUCGGGCGGACAAAAGAAACGACUCGAUAUCGCCUUGGAACUAUUAACUAAUCCUUCAGUAUUAUUCCUUGAUGAACCAACGACUGGUCUGGAUUCCUCUUCGUGCAGCCAAUGCGUCGCUCUUAUGAAGCGGUUGGCGGAAUUAGAAAGGCGUACGGUAAUCUGUACGAUUCAUCAGCCGAGUGCCUUGCUUCUGGAGAUGUUUGAUUCCCUGUAUGUGGUGGCUAAUGGUUACUGCAUAUAUAGAGGUUCGGUUAGUUCGUUGUUGCCGCACUUGACUUCUGUCGGUGCUCAUUGUCCGCCUUAUCACAAUCCAGCUGAUUUCGUCCUCGAGGUAGCAAUCGGCGAAUAUGGUAUUUCGCUCGAUAAACUGGUGGCAGCGGCGGAAACUUUACCAAAUGAUCAGAAAACGAUCGCUCUUACCACGAGUUUGCCUGAAGAAACAAACAGAAUCAAGGAACCGCCACCACCCGCCGGUUUCCUGACGCAGUGUUAUCUUCUGUACAAAAGACAAUUGCUAAGCUUAAAAAGAGACUACUCGUUAUUGAUGGCGCGAUUGCUUUGUCAUCUGCUGAUUGGUGUGAUCUUCGGAUACCUGUACAUGGGAAGUGGCUAUCGAGCUAAUGUCUUAGCAAAUUAUGUUUAUCUAUACGGAUCAUUGCUUCUUCUCGUCUACACCGGCAAAAUGGCUGUUACUCUUGCUUUUCCACUGGAGAUGCAAAUUCUCAUGAGGGAGCAUUUCAAUCGUUGGUACCGGCUGGCGCCGUAUUAUAUCAGCAUAUUACUAGUCGAGAUACCUUUUCAAGCGGCAUGUGCGGCGUCGUAUCUGAUAGUGAGCUACUGGUUGACUGCACAGCCCGUAGAAACGAAUCGUAUAAUAUUCUUCAAUGUAGUUAGCAUAGCUGCCAGCCUGACGGCGCAAGCAUGGGGUUUCUUCAUCGGCGUUACCACGCCAAUUAAGAUUGCCGUCUUUAUUGGCCCGAUAAUCGCGGUACUGUUCUCCAUCUUCGGCUUCUGCAUACGUUACUUCGAUACGCCGCAAGCGUUCCGCUGGAUGUUUCAUAUAUCAUACUUCCGUGCUAGUUUCCAUAGUCUGAUAUAUACUGUAUACGGAUACGAUAGAAUGGACUUAUUGUGUGACGAAUUUUAUUGUCACUAUAAGAAACCAAGCACGUUUCUCAAAGAAAUGGAAAUCAAUGAUAUAAGUGUGAUCAAUAAUCUGAUACUCGUCCUCGGUAUCGGGGUGCUGAUGCAUCUUCUAACGGCCAGCGCGCUUUGGUGCAAGCUCAAUAGAAGAUGAAUCAAAUAUGAUCCUAUUAAAUACAGUAUUUGUGGUAUUGCGGGCAGUCUCUUUGAGAAACGACAUAAAAAUUCUGAGACGCUUUCCCCACGGAAAACGCGAAAAUACGAAUUAAUUCCAUGAGAGAAAUUUUGGAAACUAAGAAAAUUGGAUGAUAUUAGUAAAGUCAUUAUUUCUUUAGACCUUAAUCUCGCUGGAUACGAGAUGAUGUUCUACGGCACUUUGAGAAUGUUUUUUAUCGAAUCAAAGAAGACUGGGUGUCAUCAUCGAAUCUUGUAAAGCUACCAGUUGCAGACGGGCUUUUUAAAGUACUCUAUUUAGCGAAAUAAAGUACUAAUCCGAAUUAUUUUGUAUUAAUCGAAACAAGACGCUGUAAUCGCCAGCAAUUCUGUUUAUAAAAAGCGGUGGUAUUAAAAGGCAAGGUUUAUAUAUAAACAAAGUAUAAGGUUUACACAAAGCAGAAUAUCUGUAUAUAUGUAAGCCUAAGUGAUAAGGACAUAUAUACAUGAUACAGCGCGCAUUGAACGUCGUUAUUAUAGUUUAGAAUUGUAUUUAAAACCCUAAACAAUUUGAUAUAUUUUAGUUUAAUCUUUAGUGUUUAUUUAAUUUGCGUUUUUAGUAUUAUUCUAUGGAUAUGUGAAAUUGCCUAAAUACAUGU